GAGGGCUGAGGAGUGGUCGAGCGGUCAACAUUAGGGUUUGAAACUAGUCGCGAGUCGCGAGUCGCGAGUCGCGAGUACGCCAAUCUCAGGACUACCGCUGCCUUUGCUAGGGUUAGGGUUUCCUCCUCUCCCGAAAACAUUCAUCCCGUCAUAUUUUCUAUAUCUUCAAUCAUAUUUUCUGUAAUAUUUUUUCGCGAUCAUGGAGAUGGAGUUCUUGACGGAGUUUCCGCACACGCACAUGGAUCGACGCCCCCGAAAGAGGCCAAAGCUAGCUUGGGAUGUCCCUCAGAUGCCUAAGGCUCAGCCAGGAAAUUUUUGUGGGCAAGAGGUUGGAAACUUGACAAGCUUUGCACCUUCAAGGGCACCCUCAGACCAUACUAGCUCUUCUCUGUUAAUAAAGGGAGUGGCUCGAAAUGGUUCUCCCCCAUGGCGAGAUGAUGACAAAGAUGGACAUUACAUGUUUGCGCUUGGAGAAAAUUUAACUUCUCGCUAUCGAAUUCAUAGCAAAAUGGGUGAAGGGACAUUUGGACAGGUUUUGGAAUGCUGGGACAGCGUAAGGAAGGAAAUGGUUGCCAUCAAAAUUGUACGUGGUAUUAAGAAAUAUCGUGAAGCUGCAAUGAUAGAAAUUGAAGUCCUUCAACAACUGGCAAAACAUGACAAAAGUGGCAGUCGUUGUGUGCAAAUACGGAACUGGUUUGACUAUCGUAAUCAUAUCUGUAUUGUAUUUGAGAAGCUUGGACCAAGCUUAUACGAUUUUCUUCGGAAAAACAAUUAUCGCUCAUUUCCCAUUGAUCUUGUUCGUGAGAUUGGAAGACAACUGUUGGAAUGUGUUGCAUUCAUGCACGAUUUGCGCCUCAUUCAUACUGACCUAAAGCCUGAAAAUGUUCUACUUGUCUCUCCAGAAUAUGUUAAAAUUCCUGACUACAAGUUUUUGCUAUUGCAGGGUUCCUCUCGAUCACCCAGGGAUGGUUCCUAUUUCAAAAGGUUGCCGAAGUCAAGUGCUAUCAAGGUAAUUGAUUUUGGUAGCACCACAUAUGAGCAUCAGGAUCACAGCUAUAUAGUGUCAACACGACAUUACCGUGCACCUGAGGUCAUUCUUGGACUUGGGUGGAGUUUUCCAUGUGAUAUAUGGAGUGUUGGUUGCAUGUUGGUGGAGUUAUGCUCGGGGGAAGCCUUGUUUCAGACCCAUGAAAAUUUGGAACAUCUUGCCAUGAUGGAGCGCGUUUUAGGUCCAUUGCCUCAACACAUGUUGAAGCGAGUAGAUCGGCAUGCGGAGAAGUACAUUAGAAGGGGUAGACUUGAUUGGCCCGAAGGCGCGACAUCAAGGGAAAGCAUUAAAGCUGUCAUGAAGCUUCCCCGUCUUCAGAACCUAGUUAUGCAGCAUGUUGACCACUCUGCUGGGGAUGUUAUAGACUUGUUGCAAGGUUUGCUCAAGUAUGACCCCAUGGAUCGGCUAACCGCACGCGAAGCCCUCAGACAUCCUUUCUUUACAAGGGAUUAUCACAGGAGAUUAUAAUGUACAGUAGUAGGUUGUAUAGAUAAACUUUGGCCCGUGAAUGAUUUUUAUGAUGCGGGGUGCCGAAGCUUUUUGGUUAUCUCCCGAAUGUAUAGAAAACAGUUUCUGUUCUUAUGAUGUUCAAGAGGAGAGAAUGUUUGAGUGAAUUUUUUCAUUUAUCUUUCAUUUGUCAGCGAAAGCUUUCACCCGUGCGCAUUUGUUGAUA